AUGGCAUCAGGUGAUAUUGCAAAAGACCUGGACGACAUCUCUAUUGCCAGAAAUUGUUGUUCAGAUUGUGAUGAUGAAGAUCACGAUGACGAAGAAGAUGAAGACAAUUGCGAGGUCUCUGAAGAGGAUAAGGAUGAUGAUGAAGAUCAGGAUGAUGAAGAUUAUGAUGAUGAUGAUGAAGAUGAGGAUGAAGAAGAUGUGGAUGAUGAAGAUUAUGAUGAUGAUGAUGAUGAAGAUGAGGAUGAAGAAGAAUAUGAUGAUGAUGAAGAUUAUGAUGAUGAAGAUGAGAAGGAUCAAUAUGAUGAAUAUGAGGAUGAUGAAUAUGAGGAUGAUGAACAUGGUAGUGAUCAUGAUGUGUUGAAUGUUGAAAGCAAUCAUGAUGUGAACUUUGCACCCAAAUGUAAAGAAGAGGAGAUUAUCACUGAGCAGGAGCUGAAACAAAGAAAGAAGGCAAGACGUAGGCAGAUGGCGAAGAAGGUGGCGGUGGGAGCUGGUGUGACUGCAGUGGCGGUGGCUACUGUGGGUUUAGCGGUGGUUACAGGAGGAGUGUCCAUACUCGCCAAAGCUGCAGUUAUUGGAGGUAUAGGUGCAAUUCGCAAAAUCAGAAAGAACAGUAAAAAAAAGCAGGAAAAAAUAGCUAAAUCAGAAACAAUGUAGUACUGUAAACAUUUACUGCAGUGAAUAAGACAUAACAGUUUUAUGUAUGAAAUGGUUCUGAAAUAGUUUUACCACAUACAUCAUGUGAAAUACACUUAUAUGAAUGUUCCUUGUGCACAAAGACAAUAAGCUUUUAGUUCUGAUAAUAUUGUGGUGAAUAUUGUUUCCUGAAUAGACACUAGUUUGUGUCUGCUUUUAAGACAGUAUAUAUGUGUAUUGUAUGUGUUUUUAUUCAGCAGUCACAUAACAGAUCAAACCAUAUGGCUGAUUUUAAUUUUUCACAUUCAGCACUGGUUAGGUUGUGUGUUUAAGUCUGCUUUAUGUACAGUAACAUGAGGUGGUAGUUCUGAUUCUUCUCUGUCUCCACAACCAUGUUAAUCUAUAUUAUUUGUUUCAAUUAA